AUGACUGGUUUGGCGUUUGCCAUAUUACUUGAUCUCUAUUUUUUGUUAUUUCAGCCUUGUAAAGGUAAGGACUCUAUUAAACUAUAGACACUAGACAGAACAAAUAAUAGAUUAAUUGUCACAGUUUUUUCUCGAUAAGCACAACAAGUUAAUACUCAAGGUUUUGGUUUUAGGGAAUAUAGGCCUGACGGAACAAAACAUGUUUAUUUAACUAUUGGGUGCUUUUUCACAUUCUUGAAUCUCUAUAUGACUAUAUGAAAACAAUUAUAAUUUUGCAUGGGCAUAACGCUUGAGUCCAUUUCCUGUAGCGCUGUAAAAUUAUCAUGUUAAAAUAAAUGCUUUUAUUAUUAUUAUUACUAGCGCUGCAAAGUUUAUCAUGUACAUUCAGAAAACAAACUUCGCGAUUUCAUCUCGCCUAGUUCGAUGAAGUCACUAAGUAACUUCAAAUGUCCGAACACUUGUGUGGAAUUUUGACAAUGCGCAGCCUUGCAUGCAGGAUAUAUGUUUUCUGACAUAUUCACAUAUUCGUCUGUGAAGCACCCAAUGAUAGAUAAGUUCUAGGAACAUUGGCUGACCCUGAAACGUAAUCUGAAUUCCAUUAUUUUUAACUUCUAAAAAUUAGAAUUUUUGUGUUUAGGAGUGAUCAUUUCACCACGUGAUGGAACAAAGCUUACAUUUCUACCUGGAUCAAGUAGGAAUAUAACAUGGACAUUUGAUGAUGCUAAAGCAGCUUACCGGGAUUGGUCUUUCACAAGUAGUGACGGCUUAGGAAGUGGGUUACUUGGAGGAAUAGUUUCUGAAUUUGAGCCUCAAAUAACAACGGACGUCUUACCCGGGGUUGACAUAAUAAAGCCAGCAACAUUGGCUUUAAGCAAUGUGGAUCAAAAUUAUAAUGGAACAUACACCUUUCUCCUUAAAGUAAAUGGCAAGCCAGAUGAUACGUCUGAUGUGAUUGUUUUUAUUGCAAGUAAGUUCAUUAAAAAUGUGCAAUAUAAAUUAUUUGAAGGUUUCGUCACAGACAGUUUAUAGAAGGGACAAGGUAGUAUGUAUGAAGAUCCAUGCAUGCAUGCAUGCAUGCAGUUUGGCGGUCGCUAGUUGUACGGCGUCUUCGUCACAAUUUUCAUACAUGUGUGUGUAUAAAGUCUCGAUCAAUGCAAUAUUUUGAAAUACUUCUUAUAUGAAAUAAUUUUUAUACUGAUCCACACUGGAAAAUUUAAACAAUUUGCAAAUUUUGGUUUUCUAGACUUUCUAGAAAAUUUCCGUGCUUUUUCUCGAAGAUCUCUAUAUACUAUAUAGAAUUUUAGAGGUUGACCGAAUUUCAAACCUUAUUUCAGGUAAUUUCUCCGUAUUUUCCACAGUAUGACAGUGUUUCAAAUUUUCUAGUGGUCCGUGCAGGGCCUCCCAGAGAAAUUCGGGGGCCCAGGACAAUUUUUUAAUUCGGAGACCCUAUUUUCCACCCAAAAAGUUGGUUAGCGAGUGGGGAGUUUACUAUUAUAAAAUUGUCAUUGUCAAUGAUUUACUGGUCAUUUCCAAUCAAAAAUCGCAUCAAAAUCUAGUUCAAUUUUAUCCAAAAUACCGUUGGCAACAAUAUACUUUAGUUGGCAACAAGUCCCGAAAACGCAUAAGUGCAUGAGUAUAUACUGUCAAAUAAUAUCUUUAGUGAACAAGCAUUUAUUGACUUCAAUAAUUCUCUCCAUGACUGAAUUUAUUUAUUUACUCGUUCUUUAAUUUUUAAUUUUUUUGUUAAAACAUCGAUCUUUGCCCAACCUUAACUUUACAAAAUAACUUUACCGUACAUUUUUAGUAAAGCCAACUGUGACAACUUGUUCCAGUCCUGUCACAGUGGUUGAAGGGAAUGAUAUUACAUGUGAAUGUCAAGCACAGGGUGGUAACCCUGCUGCCAAUGUAACAUGGUUUAAAGAUGACAUACAGAUCGGUGAAACAGGAAAGGAAGAACAAACAUUAACUCGACGUAAUGUUAGUGCUGCAGAUAGCGGAACGUACAAAUGUGUAGCCGAGAGCUAUCCCGAUGCAAAGUUUAAAGAUGAAGGAUUGAUCACAGUUGUAGUAAAACUUAAAUGUAAGUAUCGUUGCCGUUGGUACUCAAGUUAA